UCAUGAGCAGUUGCUACGAAAAGAUGGUGUGGCACCAUCAAAAAGAAAAAUGUUUGAAGAGACUCGACGGCGAAAGGAGGGAAGAACUUAUGAUCGACCAUAUGAUGAUACACAACAGAAGAUAGUAAAUAUUAUCUCAUUCCCAUUAAUUUAUUUAAUGAAUAAAUUUAUCGUAUACUUUGUCACCUAUUUUAAUAAUUGUUACAUCAAGCAAUGAGGGAAUUGGAAGCGAAUCAAGAUGAUCAAAGUGGUGAAUCUGUUAAGGACCCAUUUGAUGAAGUUAUGGGAAAUGCACGUCGAGGCACAAAAUUAUUACAAGGACUUGGUGCCACUCGUAAGAAGCGAAAAGAUAAAGGACCUGGUACCUCUUUGAUUCUACCAGAAGAGGUCAUGGAGUCUAUUAAAAGUGUUGUAACUGCUGAUGUUCAAAAGGAUAUAAAUGCUGAAAUUGAAGAAUUUGCCAAGGAAAAAGAAGUUCAUGCUGCACAAGAAGCUGAAAUAGAGAGGAAAACGAAGGAGCUUGAAUCUGAGACCUUAAAACUUCAAGAGAUACGCAUGGAUAUUGAAAAUCAGCAAGGAAAUAUAACUCUUGAUGUAGUAAUAUCAGCACUUGCACAACUACGCCAAAAAGAUCCUAGCUUAACUCCAGAAAUUAUUGCAAAAGUUAUCGUUUCAACGACUACAAAUGAUCCAUAAACUAUAUUAUUUAAGAUA